AUGCCCGCUGUCAAAACCGGAUCUCUCGUUCUUGUUACCGGAGCUAGUGGCUACAUCGCCGCGCAUACCGUGGACGUACUUUUGCAGAGAGGCUUCAACGUCAGAGGUACUGUACGAAGUCAGUCCAAGGGCGAAUACCUCUCCAAUCUCUUCAAGAAUGCCCCAGCCAAGUUUGAGUACGCUAUCGUCCGUGACAUCGCCCAGGAUGGAGCUUUCGACGAUGCAGUGAAGGGUGUCGAUGCUGUGGCCCACAUGGCUAGUCCUUAUCACUUUGACGCUGUCGAGCCUGCCGAGCUGUUUGAGCCAGCCGAGAAGGGUACUCUGGGGGUACUGAAGAGUCUCAAAAAGUUCAAUCCGGGCUGUAAGCGGGUCGUUGUUACUAGCUCUGUCGCCGCCGUCGUCAAUUCGGAUCUCCCCCAGCCUCACACAUUCACGGAAGCCGACUGGAACCCUGUCAGCUUGAAAGUCUGCGCGGAGAAGGGCCGAGAUGCGGAUGGCGUCAACAAAUACCGCGGAAGUAAGACUUUGGCAGAGAAGGCUUUCUGGAAGUUCUUUGAGGAUGAGAAACCUUCCUUCGAUGGUGUCGCCAUCAACCCUCCCCUUGUCCUUGGACCUAUCAUACACGAGUGUGCUACCCCAGAGUCACUCAACACUUCCGUCGCAAACUUUUACGACUGGAUGAUUGGAAAGAAGACGCAGGAUGACCUCCCCGCUCCUGGUGGGAACUACGUGGAUGUCCGAGACUGUGCUAUUGGACAUGUACAAGCGCUCGUCGUGGAAGAGGCGGCCGGCGAGCGCUUCAUCACCGGAAACGGCGCGUACAACGGCAAUGACUUUGUCUUGUCUAUUGCCAAGGCCUAUCCGGACAUCAAGGGCGUUCCCAAAGGCAACCCGGACCCUGCGUACAGGCAGAAGCUGAGAGAUGACUACAACUACUUUGACGGAUCCAAAGCUACAAAGGUUUUGGGAGUCCAGUACAGGCCCCAAGAUGAGACUUUCAUGGAUAUGGCAAAGAGCUUGAGGGAACGGUUUGGGUCAUGA